AUUAUAAUGAUUUAAAGUAUGGCGUCAACCAUCGCAGCUGAAUGGCAUCCACGGGUUGCUUGUAGAACCAGAAGACAUGGCCCUGUUUGCGAACCGUUUGAUGCCUUGCCUCCUCACAUCCCCCUUCCUUUCUUUUUUAUUUUCUUCUUCUUUUGGCUUUCUAGCCCUCUAUAGAAGCACCACCACUCUUUUGUCUCGCCUCCUCCAUGAUCCAUCCUCCAAUUCCUUGCUCCGCCUCACCAUGCACGGUGAGAACCGAGCAGGCCACUCGUCUCACCACCAGCCGGCGCAGGGGCAGCCCCAGCCGCCGCAGACUGCCAAGCUCAUCAUCCGGCCGCAAGCGUCGCCCCCGACUCACCCUGUCGCAUGGUUCGUGGCGGCGUUCUGCACUUUGCUCUGGGUCGCCAUCAUCCUCGGCGGGCUCGCCGUCCUCAUCAUCUACCUCGUCUUCCGGCCGAGGAAUCCCCGGCUCGAGAUCUCCAGCGUCACCCUCAACGGUGCCUACAUCGACGUCGGCACCCUCAACGCCGACCUGACCAUCCUCGCCAACUUCUCCAACCCCAACGAGAAGGUGUACGUGAGCUUCAGCUACAUGCAGCUCGACCUGUAUUACCAAGGCACCAUGAUCGCGACGCAGGCCGUGGAGCCGUUCGAGGAGGGGAGGGGGGAGUCGGUGCUGCGGACCGUGCACAUGAUAUCGAGCCAGGUGCCGCUGCCGGGGAAGGUGGCCGACGCGUUGCGGGGCGGAAAGAUGGGGGAAGGGUUGUCCCUGGAGUUGGUCGGCUCGUUCCGCACCAGAUUGGAUCUGGGGAGCUGGUUGCACUACACGUACUGGCUGCAUGGCCGCUGCGACAUCUUCGUCGGGGGCCCGCCAAACGGAGCGCUGCAGUCCAGUAGGUGCACCACCAAGCACUGAUACGGAGAGCACCGCCGUCUCGUUAUUACUCCCGCCACCGCCGCCUUUUAUUUCUUCUACUAAUCUUCCUUAUUUCUGAAACGUGUUUUCUUUUACACAUUACUACUCCCUCGGACGCUCGUUUACUUGCAUUAUCAAUUCAAUACUCCUUUUUCUUU